CUGUAUGCUACGCAUGUGGUCGAUAUGGUCACAUUUCAACGUCCUCAGAGUGUCCAGCCAUCGGACAAGAAUGUCGCAAGUGCAAGAAAACAGGACAUUUCGAAAGCGUUUGUCGUAAACGCUCGCUGUAUGCAAAAGCAAAGUCACCGCCGAAAAAAGUUCAAGCCAUUGACGAUAUCAGUGUGCCAAUUGUGAAUGAAGCGAAAGUAGAGCCUGAGAAUAGCAACAAAGUCUACUACACUUUCUACACAGGCAGUCAGGCCAACGUAUUCAAUUGCAACAUUGGUGGCACAAUGGUGGAAGUCUUCAUCGACUCGGGGUCUGAGCUGAAUUUGAUAACUACUGAAACAUGGGAGCAGAUGAAAGCUCAACGGGUCGUUGUGUCAAAUUGCAAAAAGGGUUCCGACAAGAUUCUUAAGGCCUACGGAAGUACGAAACCGCUUCAUAUUCUUGGUACUUUUGAAGCCAAAGUUGAAAUAGGAAAACAAUCAGCUGAUGCGAUUUUCUUCGUUGUCGACGGCGGGCAAAGGAACUUACUCGGUGAUGUUACAUCUAAGAAACUGGGCAUCCUCAAGAUCGGUUUGGGAGUGAAUGCAAUCACGGAUACCGAAGAAUUGAAACGUUCACCAUUUUCUAAAAUUUCUGGAGUCAAAGUUCGUAUUGAAAUGGAUCCCAAUGUGAAACCGGUGUUUCAACCUCUUCGACGUAUACCCAUCCAUUUGGAGAGCGCCAUUAACGAAAAAUUGGAAGAGUUACUACGACGUGAUAUCAUUGAGGUUAAACGUGGCCCUGCGACGUGGGUAUCCCCACUGGUGGUAGCGACCAAAGCAAAUGGUACAAUAAGGUUGUGUAUCGACUUGAGACGCGUUAAUCAGGCAGUGGUUCGAGACCGUCAUCCAAUGCCGGUAAUUGAGGAGGUUAUUGCGAAAGUCGGUAAGGGCAGAGUAUGGAGCGUUCUGGAUGUAAUGGAUGCUUUCUUCUUAUUGGAACUUGAAGAAGAUUCGAGAGAUAUCAUGACCUUCAUUACCCACCGGGGAUUAUACAGGUUCAAACGCUUGCCUUUUGGACUUGUAUCCGCACCGGAAAUUUAUCAGCGUACCAUGGAUGAGAUAUUGGUAGACUGCGAGGGUGCAUACUGGUAUCUCGAUGAUAUCGGCGUUGAGGGUAGUACUUUGGAAGAACAUGACAUCCGAUUGGAAAAGGUCCUUAAAAGGCUCAAGGAUAGAGGAGUUGUCCUCAACUGGGCAAAAUGCAAAUUCCGCGUCACUGAAUUUGAGUUCUUGGGAUACAAAAUAUGUCCGCAAGGUAUAACCCCUUCCGCUGUUAAACGCGAUGCUCUAGCUUCUUUUCGUCGUCCGGUGAAUGAAAGCGAGGUCAGGAGUUUUCUGGGCUUGGCCAAUUAUAUGGGGAAAUUCAUCCCAAAUUUAGCAGAGCUCGAUGAACCACUAAGAAGAUUGAUUCAAAAAGGGAUUAAAUAUCAUUGGGGAGCAGUAGAAGAAAAGGCUUUCAAUGAUAUUAAAUUUUCUCUGACGCGAGCCAGCUGUCUUGGAUUUUUCAACUCGAGGGAUGAUACCUCAGUGUUCGCAGACGCAAGCCCUGUUGCUUUGGGGGCAGUCCUUGUCCAAACAAACGACAAGAAAGAAGCUAGAGUUAUCUGCUACGCUUCAAAAUCGCUUACGGAGACAGAAAAGCGAUACUGCCAAACCGAGAAGGAGGCCCUCUCGCUAGUUUGGAGCGUUGAAAAAUUCCAGAACUAUUUGAUAGGAAGGAAGUUUAAUCUUCUGACGGACUGCAAAGCCUUAACAUUCUUGUUUGCUCCUACCUCCAAACCAUGUGCUCGCAUUGAAAGAUGGGUAUUACGCCUACAGAGUUUCCAGUAUAAAAUAAUUCACAUUCCUGGACAGAGUAAUAUUGCCGAUGUCUUGUCACGAUUGACUACGCUCACCCCACAAGCAUUCGAUGAAUCAGAGGAAAUCAUAAUCAAAGAGAUAGUUUCAGCUGGAACCAAUACUUUUGCACUGACUUGGGCAGAAGUUGUAUCUGCUAGUCGUGAAGACUCAACUAUAAGGUUGGUUCAAGAAGCUCUAACCGCAAAUAAAUUUGACGAGUUGCCUUUGUGUUUUAAACUGAUAGUUACUGAGCUAUGUUUUGUUGAUGAUGUUCUGCUAAGAGGUGAUCGCAUUGUCAUACCUAGUGAGCUGCAGCAGCGUAUUUUGCAGCUGGCACAUGAGGGGCACCCCGGCAUCAGAAUGAUGAAAGCACAUCUGCGGGCUAAUGUGUGGUGGCCCAAGAUGGAUCAACAUGUGGAGACAUUCGUUAAGGCCUGUCGAGGAUGUGCGCUCGUGUCCGCUCCUAAUCCACCAGAGCCUAUGAUUAGGAAGAAGUUCCCAACUGGUCCAUGGGAGCAUAUCGCCAUAGACUUUCUAGGACCACUCCCCGAGGGAGAAAGUCUUUUAGUUUGUAUCGACUACUAUAGUCGAUAUUUAGAAAUAAUCGAGAUGCGGGAUAUCACAACGACAAGCGUUAUUGAACAACUGUUGAUAUUAUUCUCUCGAUAUGGCAUCCCUCAUUUUCUGAGAGCGGAUAAUGGGCCGCAAUUUUCUUCAGAAGAGUUCCGAUCUUUUUGUAUUGAACAGGGUAUAAAUCUGGAAUCAACAAUACCAUACUGGCCACAAAUGAACGGUGAAGUGGAGCGCCAAAAUCGUUCAAUUUUGAAACGCCUCAGAAUUUCGCAAGAGUUAGGAAAAGAUUGGCGGAAGGAAUUAUAUCAGUAUCUAUUAACAUACCACUCAGCAAUUCAUCCUACAACAGGGCGAGCGCCUGCUGAGCUGAUGUUCGGGAGGCGUUUACGUUCAAAGCUGCCAGGUGUACCUACAUCUAUAAGCAAUGAUGAGGAAGCACGAGACCACGAUAUGAUUCAAAAGGAAAAGGGGAGAGUAUACGCUGAUCUUCGCCGGAGAGCACGACCGAGUGGAAUUGAAGUAGGAGAUCAUGUUCUAGCCAAGCGGAUGAAAAAAGAUAACAAGCUAAAUUCCGAAUUCGCUCCCGAAGAAUUUGCUGUUACCAGUAAACAAGGGACGGACGUCAUGAUUCGCUCUUCAUCAUCUGGAAAGGAAUUCAGGAGAAGUGCAGCACACCUUAAAGUCAUUCCUGUAAAACCAACGGAAGGAGAUACAUCAGUGUCUACCCCUGUUCCAGACGACAUAGAUGUUGAAGGACCUUCGGGAUGUUUGGAAGAGCAGGCAUCCGAGAAGCAAACAGCUAGUAAGCCAACAGGAAGAUCAACCAGGGUUCGAUCAGAACCAAGUAAACUUAAAGAUUUCAUUACAUAUUGA